CCGUAAACAGAAAGUUCCAGCAAUGCUUCUGCAACCCACAUCGUCAAAAUCGUCCCUCAGUUUUCAUCACCAAAACCAGAAUCAUGCCCUAUUCAAACAACCCAUUAUUGUUACCCUUCAAACCCACAAAAAUCCAAUCUUGAUAAAGGGUUCAUCAAUAUCAAAGAGUAAUACCCAUGAAACAGUGGACUAUGAAAAAAGGGCUAUUUCAAAAUGGAAUUCUAUAUCCAGGAGAAUAUCGACGCUGGAGAAUCCACAAAUGGGCUCUGCUUCUGUGUUGAACCAGAUGGAGAAUGAGGGUAAGAAACUCUCCAAAUGGGAGCUCUGUAAAGUGGUUAAGGCUCUCAGGAAGUUCAGACGUUUCAAAUAUGCUCUAGAGGUCUAUGAGUGGAUGAAUAACAGAGGAGAGAGAUAUAGAAUAACCACCAGUGACACCGCUAUCCAACUCGAUCUGAUUGCUAAAGUGCAUGGAAUUUCAAGCGCUGAAGAAUACUUCCUGAAGUUGCCGGAUGCAUUGAAGGACAAGAGAAUUUUUGGUGCUCUCUUGAAUGCGUAUGCUGGUGCCAGAAUGAGGGAAAAAGCUGAAUCAUUGAUUGAUAAAAUGAGAAAGAGAGGUUAUGCUUGCGAUGCACUUCCAUUUAAUGUGAUGAUGACACUCUAUAUGGACCUUAAAGAAUAUGAUAAGGUUGAGUUAGUGAUCUCGGAAAUGAUAGAGAAAAACAUAUCAUUAGAUAUCUAUUCCUAUAAUAUUUGGUUGUCGGCCUGUGGAUCACAAGAAUCUCUUGAAAAAAUGGAACAAAUAUUUGAAAGGAUGCAGGGUAACACCACUAUCACUCCGAACUGGACUACUUUCAGCACAAUGGCUACUAUAUACAUCAAGUGUGGGCAGCUAGAAAAGGCUGAAGACUGUAUAAAGAACAUUGAAAGUAGAAUCGUGGGUCGGGAUCGAAUUCCUUAUCAUUAUCUCAUUAGUCUCUAUGGUAGUGUUGGUAACAAAAAUGAGGUUCAUCGUGUGUGGAACAUUUACAAGGCUACCUUUCCGAGCAUUCCAAAUUUAGGCUACCAUUCCGUAAUUUCUUCUCUGGUUAGAUUGGAUGAUAUCGAAGGAGCUGAAAUGAUCUACGAUGAAUGGAUUUCUGUGAAAUCAUUUUACGACUCUAGAAUAGGAAAUCUUCUCUUGGGCUACUAUGUUAGAAAAGGGCAUUCUGAAAAAGCCAAGACUUUCUUUAACCAAAUGAUUGAAGCAGGAGGAAAACCAAAUUCAACGACGUGGGAGAUUCUUGCAGAAGACCACAUAAGAGAGAGGAGGAUUUCCGAUGCUCUUUCUUGCUUACAGAAUGCCAUUUUCCCUGAAGUUUCGAAGAGCUGGAGGCCAAAACCUGUGAAUGUCUCUUCAAUUCUCAAGAUUUCUGAGCAAGAAUCCGAUAUGGCUAGUAGGGAUGCCUUAUUUGAGGUCUUGAGGCAAGUGGGCUGUCUCGAUGAUGAAGCCUAUAUGUCACGCAUUCGUGCAUAAUGGGACAGCAACGUAUACGGCAUUGUAGCAAGUGCAAACAUAGGGAUGACGGUAUUCGACUAAAUGAAGCUUAAUGUUUUUGUACACUUAUGCCAUCAACCACGAAUCUUUAUUUAGAGGUAUUUUGUGUAAACUAACACAUAUUUGAUUACUCUAAAAUUCCUACUGGAUAAAGGAAUUUUUUCAUUUUUUUUGAGGGGGCCGUUUCUAUGUACGAGAGAGGUGUGAAGAAAAACUUGUAUUCUGUUUUCUCUAUUAUUGUGAAAACUUGUCGAGCAAGUGUAGUUCUAAUAUUCAGGGUAAACAACUAUAA